GGUCACGGCGCGGCGGGUCCUGUGGAGGCGAGGUUUGGCCGCAGGAAUGAUCACCAAGACCCACAAAGGAGACCUGGGACUUUCAGAGAAAAACAAGAAGAAGAAGAAGAAGAAGAAGAAGAAGAAGGUGAUGGUUAAAGAACCAGAGACUCAGUACUCGGUUUUGAACAGUAACAAUUGUUUCACUGAGGUCUGUCCCACAAGAGCCAUGUCACCUGCGGAGAGUGUGAUCCGAGGGCAGGCACCCGAGGUGCCUCUAAUGAAGAAGAAGGAGAAGAAAAAGAAGGACCACAGUACGAUAUGCAAGGAGCACCAAGAACCUGAGACCACGUUACGUGCCAAACGGACAGAGAAGUCUCCCAGCCCCAGGAUUCGGGCUCUUGGUCUAUCUGAGUUUCUUAGCGGGAAGAAGAGAAAGAAGGGGAAGUCCUUGGGGCCUCUGGCCAUGUCCUCUGGGUUGAGGGUGAAAACCUCCCUGGACCCCAGACAGGGGGAGGAAGUGACCAGAGUUUGCAAGAAACUCAAAAAAAACAAGAAAGAGAAAAAAGCCCAGGAGGCCACAGUCUUGUCAGCCAGGGACCCUGGGCUCUACGAGGCCGGGGCUACUCUGCAAGGUUGCUCACUGGGAAAGGAUGACCAGGAACAGAUAACCUUGGGGCACAAAAGGAAGCAGGGGAGCCCCAGGAAGCACAAUGUAAAGAUGAAGAAGAAAAAGAAAGUUCACCAGGAGGGAGACACCACCCUUGGCCACCCCAAGCCCUCCAGGUCCAUGGAGAGCAGCCCUAGGAAAGGAAGUAAAAAGAAGCCAGCCACAGCUGAGGCUUCAGAAUGCAUCCCAAUGGAAGAUGGCCUCAGGUCCCCUGUGAAGAAGAAAAAGAAGUCCAGUCACAGGGCAGAGGAGCCAGCUCCGAGGAGGAAGAAGAGGAAGAGGAAGGAGAGCAAAGGAGCAGGAGGAUAUCGAGAGGAGGGCUGCUGGGGCAGAGGCCAGCGUAUGCUUGAUUCUUACUCCCUUUGCUGUCCUGCGCAGGAGCCCGACACAGACUUGGAGGUGGUGUUGGAAAAGAAAGGCAACAUGGACGAGACACACAUCGACCAGAUGAGGCGGAAGGCCUUGCAAGAAGAGAUUGAUCGUGAAUCAGGCAAAACGGAAGCUUCCGAAACCUGGAAGUGGACAGGGACUCAGUUUGGCCAGUGGGACACUGCUGGUUUUGAAAACGAGGAACAGAAACUGAAAUUUCUCAAACUUAUGGGUGGCUUUAAAAAUCUGUCCCCUUCAUUGAGUCGCACCCCUGACAUGGUGGGAAGGCCGAGCAUGGCGCUGAACAAGAAGGCAGCCGACGCCCUGCAGCGGAGCCUGCAACAGGACUACGACCGGGCCCUGCGCUGGAAAUACAGCUGGGGCGCUGGCCUCGGCUUCCCCACUGCCCCACGCAAAGCCUUUUACAUCGACAGGAACGCUUCCAAGUCAGUCAAGUUUGAAGAUUAAACUCUACUGUCUUGUGUCGAGUCAAAGUUGCUUUUAUUUUUCAAUUACUCAGAUGAAAGCCUCUGACAGUUGCCUCAAAUUGAACUCCCACAGAUAAAGGAGUUCUCUGUGGAUGUGCUGGACGCUGUGGGGUGGGGGCAGCACGUUUCUGGAGUCAGGAGAAUGUGUGAGGGGCUGGAAACCAGAUUUCCGUGUGCAGCCCUCCAGCCUUGUUUGGGGACAUCCCGAGUGUCAGUAACAACAGCUCACGUGUGGAAUGCUUAGUACGUGCUGGACACAUACUGAUGUGUUUUACCUGCAUUAAUGUACUUAAUUUUCUUGACUGUGAAACGUGAUGUUAUCAUCCCCAUCUGAUAGGUGAGGAAACUGGCGUUCAGGGAUGAAGUGAUGCCGUUGCCCAGGGCCACCCACCAGGAAGUGCCGACCAGGUGGUGUGCUUUCAUGCCUCAAGCCCCAAUAGUCACUGCUCUGAAGGCUCCCCUCUUGGAACUCCUCCCAGAGUCCUCACUGGGGCUAAAGGUCUUCUAAUGGAAGGAAGAGAAGUCCAUUAUAUGUCUCAGUCCCAAGCAGGAAGUGGAGUUAGUGAUAAACACAAAUAAGCUCAUUUUCCUUUAAUCGGAGUAGCUGCGGCAAGUGAGUAUUCGAGUUGCCAACACACAGGUGUGGCUGAGCUUCCUGUUGUGGGAAGUGUUUCUAAACCAGCCUUAACUUUUCCAGCGCCUGCCUUCUAACCCCAGUGCUAAGCCUGGAUUUACUAUUUUUGCUUUAACUGGAUUCUGAACAAGGCAUCUUUGAGAGCUUAGUCCUCCAUAGGAACCUGCAGCAAAUUUCCAGGGAUGUGUUUAUUAGGCUCUGCCAUCAUGAGGAAGGAAUCCCAGGUGACUUCUGGGCGGAGGUCGGAUGCUAGGAGGCACAGAUGUGGGAUGACACUGGAAGUUGCCUCAUCAUCGUGGGGACAGUGUGCCCAAGCUUGAACACUGCGUCCAGCCUCAGAGUUCUUGGUACAAUGACCUGAGACACACGGCCACCUCCUCUCCAUCCAGGUAGCAUUUCGCUUCCCAAAAUACAGGUUCUGAUUGGACAUUUCCACAUCACUUGGCCUGAAGGCCUCCUGCGUAUAUCCCAUCUCAGGCCUGAACAGCCAGAGAGUCAGUCUCAGGAGGCAGGAGUCCUGAUGGAAGGUUGGUCCAGCAGCUCAUCAAGGACAUUCUUUCCUCUUUGUCCCACCAUCACUGGUUUCUCAGGCUAGUGGCAAGAUGGCCAUAGCAAUCCAGGCAGCUUAUUGAGACACUAAAAUAUCCCAGAGGAAGAAGGAAAACCCUGUGGCUCUGAGCCAGCCCCUGACAUAUGAGGUAGAUUCUCCUUGGGCCAGUCAGCAGGGAGGCGUGAAGAGCGGAUGCUGGCAAGAUUAACGUGGGCAGAGGUGAGGCAGGCCUGCCUGGGUCCUGACCUGCAAACGUGGGCCAGGUCAGGAGUCCUGCAGAUCUGCACCAGCAAUGACUUGGGUGGCUACUUCCCUCAGGACAUGCAUUUGGCCUUUCCUGGAUUCAAACGAUACAAACGCCUAGAAUGUUAGGUUCUGCUUUGGAGUUAGCUCCUUCAGGGCACCCCCUCCUUCGACGGGACUAAGUCUCCCAGCCUUGACCAACACUGUAGGACUGUUUUCUGUAAAAGGGAACCACUGACUGCUUUGACUGUUCUUGCCUUGCCCAGAGAGCACACUGCUUUGGGGCUGCCUCGGCUCACGAGGGAGCACUGUGGUCAGCCAUCACUUGGUGAGUCUGGAAAGGGUAUGGAUUGUCCACUGUCCUGUCCCCACAGCGAGAACUCUUAUUAGGGUGUGAUGCCAGGCCUUUCCCUCCUGCUGGUUCGUGUGAUAGUCUAACAGGGCUGACUUCUGAACUCUGUCAAUGUUGGGUGGAGGUCCAUGUGCACAGGGGAAGGCUUACUGCGGUAUCCCUAAAGCGGUCUGGCAGAGAGGUUGGGCAGCCGACAGCAGGGUUUCCCAGUGUCCCGACUGGACCUGUCCUUGUCUGCAGACUGCCAUUGUUCACGAGCAGGUUCCUGUCCUGUGGUAGUCUGCAGUCUUGGGGAACUUAACUGACCUGGUGUUAGCUGGGCAUCUGUCCUUUGUAAAUUAAACCACAUUGGCUUUAGCUGCCCCUGCCCCUCUUGCUCAGCACCCUCCUCAAACUUCAAGUCUUUUAGUUGAUUUUCAUGUUGCUCUUCAUGUCUUGACUCUGAGCAGACACAGCCUGUCUCCAUGGGAACAAGGUCAUUUUGGAUUUUACCCAGGAUUUGGGGGGAGGGGCAGGGGAGGUCUAGCAUGGCCAAAGUCUCAGUUGAAUAUUUAAUAGCCCUUUUCUCACAGCUGUUGGCUGGUUUCCCUUGGGGGGCUCUCACUGACUGACCUUCCUGUGGCAAGGCCCUUCCCUCCUUGCAAUUGCUUUCAUCCAGCUGUUCCCAGACAUCAGGAUUUUGAGGCACUUUAUCCUUGGUCCUGCUGUUUCUGCCUUAGUCCACUGGGCCCUGCCCUGAGGCCACCUUUCUACAAACCAACCUGGACCAUCAAAAGUAUUUCCCAAAUAGACACAGUUCUCUCCUAAAGAGACUGUGUUUCAGCUCUGUCAGGUUUGCAGGUGGCAGAAUGCCCCGACCCCCAAAGAUGUCCAUGUCCUAAUUACCAGCACCUGUGAAUAUGUUAGGGUACAAAUCAAAAGGGAGCUUAAGAUAGAGAGUUAAGGUUGCUAAUCAGCUGACCUUAAGAUCAUCCUGGAUUAUCCA